AUGCAUCCCUCCCACGUUUUCGCCUGGGUUGUGACGACCUUUGCCGGACUUGCCAACGCGGCAGACCCCUUGCCAGCCAUGCACAUCGAUGACUUCUCAGCAACGGGGGCCUUCGGGUCUCAGCAGGGAAAGGUUCAAUUCAAGGUGAACUACGAUGAUGGCAAGAGCCAAUUCACGUGUCAGAAGAUGCCCUUUGCACACGGGCACCGCAACGGCUCGUUUCCUUACGUUGAGGGCCCAACUCCAUGCUCGGAUCCGAGAUUCGACUUCGAGCUGCUGCCAGAAAAUGGCAAACAACAAGAUGCACUCUUGCAAUUCCGCUGCUAUGUGGACAGGGAACACCACUAUUUCCUGCGAAGUCACAUGAUUGAGGGCCAUGACAUCGUCAACGAGGUGGACCGCAGGACCAAUCUCAGUCGCCAGCAUCCCGACCAAGCCAGUCGAACCCCCUGA